AUGGAGGAUUGUCCUCCUUUUCCACCUCCCAAUGCAGCUCGAAAUGUUCGAGAGGUGUACAAGAAAUGGACACAAGCGAACAAGAAGGCCCAAGCAUAUAUCUUUGCCAGCCUUAACGACGUUUUGGACAAGAAGCAUGAACCCAUGAUCAUUGCACACAAGAUCAUGGAGUCCUUGAGGGGAAUGUUCGGACAACCGUCCAUGCAGCUUAGACAUGAUGCUAUGAAGUUCAUCUUCAACUCCAUGAUGAAGAAGGGUACAUCUAUUCGUCAACAUGUUCUGAACAAGAUGAUCCACUUCAAUGUGGUGAAGAUGAACGGGUCAAGCAUCGAUGAGGGCCAGCCAGGUUAG